AUGAAGCCUUCUGGGGAUCCUCCUGCUUCGCACACCCGCGCCAGCGUGGUAGGUACAAAAGGCUCGAAGGAUGACAUCAGCAAACUCGCAGACGACCUUCUCCGUCAAUCGCUCACGCGAAAGCCAGACACGUCUACACAAGUAGGAGGAGGGUUAGCUUCCAAGGCAUAUUCUGCAUCACCAGAUAGCAUCACUCGUACCCCACACUCCACGACGGCAAGUUCUUCCAAGCAUGACAACCUCUCGAAAGAUAGCAUUCGCAAAGUUGCAGACGACCUUCUCCGCGAAUCUCUCACCCGUAAGCCAAACGCCUCUGAAUCGAUGUCCAAGGUGCCGCCUGCGCCAAUAUCCUUAGUAAGCAUCACUCGAACAAAAGAAUCAAAUGCGGCAGGUGCUUCAAACGCCGACAAGCUUCUUCGAGCAUCACUUGUCCGGGAAAUUGCCUCUACUUCACGGAGCGUGCCACCCCCGUAUAGCAGCGCUUAUAACUCGUCGGCCAAGAUACCAGCUCCAUCGACCCUCGCCAGCACUCCAAGCAAGAUCAGGGACCGAGGCGCUAUCUGUGCUGCCGAGGCCGACAGCAAACUCAGGGAAAUAAAGUCGAAAGUUGCCCAUGCCAACGCUGCAUUACCAUCUCGUAGGAAGCCUUACUUGUUCAAGGAAUCCUGCUCGACUGAUCUGCUGUUUCUGAUUGACACAACCUAUUCCAUGAGUAAUUACAUUGAAGCGGCAAAGGAUCAGAUUCGACUCAUUGUCAAAGCGGUCAAGGAUGCGUUUCUUCACGAGUCGGAGGUGCGAAUUGCGGUAGUUGGAUACAAGGACCAUAAUGAUUACCCGAAUAUUGAGUUUCUCGACUUUACCUCGUCUGUGACCGAGGUGCACAACUUUUUAUCUACUCUGAGCGCAUCUGGUGGAGAUGAUGAGCCAGAGGAUGUGCUUGGUGGGAUAAAAAUGGCCAUCAAUGCAUCUUGGAAGCAAGCGACUCGCUGUCUUGUGCACAUUGGCGACGCUCCUCCCCACGGCCACACUUUGCACGAUUAUGACGAGAACGAAGACUACUAUUAUCAAACCGCCAGCGAGCCGCACGGUCUGACCUAUGAGAAUUUGCUCGAGCGACUGGUCAAACUCCAGGUCAAUUACGCUUUCCUGCGCAUCAACUCAACAACCGACCGCAUGUCUCUCAAAUUCAGUCAAGUCUACACCAAAGUGUCCCCGAGUGCAGGCGUUAAGCUUCACAACAGCAAUGCCUAUCAUACCGCCAUCGCCGACUCGCUCAUCUUGGCCAGGUUACGAGCAAAGAAGAUAUCUGCAGACACCGGACCACUUUUCGAGGAGAUGCAGCUGGGCACUACGUAUGAAGCCAUUCGCCAUCUCGUUGUUAGCACAGUGACCAGCUCCAUUUCUCGCACAGCAAAUCGUCUGUCGUUGGCCAUCAGCCACAGCAGAGGUAGAAGCAGCCGCGCCUCCGGUGGUGCUCGUGGCCCCAAAGGCCUAAAUCUCAGCGCAAUUGCUGAAGACCAGAGUGCCACUGUUUCCGGCCCCAGAAUGAGUACUGUUCUCGAAAAAGCUCCCCCACGGUGGAACACCCCCGGUUGGUUGGAUCAAACCAUCUCCGCCGAGGGCUUUUGUCUGGACCUCCAAGUCCACAAUGCUGAUACGUUGAACGCGAUGAUGGACAAAGAUGACAACAUUAAAAUUGGGUUAGUGAAGCUGAGCAUCGCCGCACGCUCCAAGCCAUUCGAUGAAGGAGCCGUUCGUAUAGCGAGGUAUGCCCAGCCUGUUUCCACGACCAGCAAAUUUGUCCUCAAAUCGUUCAAAUCAUCCGAAGGUUCCCUCGUUUCUAUGAUCGAGGACAUGUGGAUGCAAGCUCUCUGCAAAUCGUUUGCGCUCGAGUUCAAUGGUCUUGUCAAGUCCUCUCAGCCGAUUGAUUUCGUCACAACCCUCUGCUUGCAAGACAAAACUCGCGCUUCAGAGGAAAACCUAUCUCUAGAGCCAUUCAUCGAGGGCGAGUACAUCAAGUACAACAACAACAGCGGUUACGUGCUAGAUGAUGAUAACAAUCCGUUAAACGAGAUUGCCCAAGCGUUUUCGCAUUUCACCUUUGAGCGGUCAUGGGGCAAUUUCCUCGUCACAGACCUCCAGGGCUCAGGCAACAUCUUUACCGACCCGGCUAUCCAAACUCUCGAUCCAGAACGCUUCAAACUGAGCCCGACAAAUAUCGGGGAAGACGGCUUCAAGUUCUUCUUCGCCAUGCACGUCUGCAAAGAAACUUGUCACAAACUCGGCCUCCUUAGCAACAAGGAAAUGAUAAUGUCGCGGAAACUUUCCUUUCGAGAGACAUGGCCGGUGAUGGACCCGACCGUUUGCUGCUCGAACAAGCUCUGCCGCAAAAUCAUUCGUCUUGCUACAGCAAAAACGUCUCCCGACCAUCCUGGCCGCAAUUGGUGCGAUGGUUGUUUUCCACAGCUCAAGGCGCAUAGAAAACAUGUCACAUGCGCGGCGCCAGGGCCAAAGCACCAAUUCGAGGUUUCCAUGUUUUAUUGCGAGAGUCAGGGAGAGCAGUGCCCGACUGUUUGUGAAGAGCAUCUGGAAAAGGACACAACGGUGACACCUACUGUUGGGAGUGGACUGUGGGAUACGGCCAAACGUAGCGAUACCAAGGAAAUUUCGGGACGGGUUUGGUGA